AUGGAAAACAUAGAAUUUGUAAUGGAUAAUUUUGUUAUCCACGGCCAUCAACCAUGCCAAAGUCACGAAGCAAAGUACCUAUGUAUCGAUAAUAUUUACGAAAAACUCCAACGGCCAAAUUACUACGACAUUGGUGGGACAUAUAGCCAAGAAUCACCGGACUAUUGGUUUGUGUGCAAAACUGAGCUGAUUGGUGAAAUAUUCCUCAUCCACAUAUUUGUUUUGGUGAUAUGCUUAUGGGGGAGACAAUUGUAUAUAGCUAUAUCUUUUACCAAUAAGAAAGAGGAAGAAAACGAUGAAGGCAUACUUGACUUCAGUUCAUUACUAGACGAUCCAGUAGUGGCUGAUUUUACUGUAGAAAGUGAAGAUGGUGCUACAUUUCGGGUUCACAAAGUAUUGUUAAUGGCUCACAGUGAAGUUUUUAGAGCCAUGCUCAAAGAAGACACAGCUGAGAGUAAAAAUAAUCAUGUUAAAUUGGUGGAUGUUAGCAAGGAUGAUUUGCAUCACUUACUCACUUAUAUAUACUCUGGCACUUUAAAGAAUAUAGAAAAUAUAAAUUUCUUCAACAUGCUUAUACUAGCUGACCGAUUUAAUUUAGUGGGAUUAAGGGAACUCUCUGAACAUGCACUGAUACAGCAAAUAGCAAUAGAUAAUGCAUUGGAAAUGUUAGCAGUUGCUGAUUCAUAUAAUUCACCAUCUUUGAAAACCGCGUCAUUAGUAUUUAUUAAGAAAAAUAAAUCAACUCUGCAAAAUACCAUCUUUGAUGAACUUGAUAAUGCUGAAUUGAUAAGAGAAUUGUGCAAGUUUUUAGUUGCUUAA